UGUCGCCGCCGCCGCAGCAGCAGCAUCUAUGAGUUGCCACGUAAAUAAAUAGCAGCGGCUGAUUAUGCCGAGUUAAAGAGCAUCUGACUCGCGCCCCGUCCAAUAAUGGCACACGAUGCUCUACCCGUGGACGAUUUCACGGGCAAAACGAUGUCCAGAGGCGAGCCAUGUACAUGCAGCGCCAACUGCUGGAGUCGGAGCGGCAGUGUUGUCUUCCUUGGAUUAUUUCUAAUGUCACUCUUACUGCAUGCGGUAACCCUUGUCUGCUACUUGGACCUGCGCUCUGAGAUCAAAAGGGAAAUAAUCCACCAGAAACGAGACUCUAUGUUGUCACUAGCUGGGAGUGACACAGACAACACGAUGUCUGCGGUAUUCCCGCCCGACCCCCCGCGGUUCGACCCCGGCAGCAGCCGCUCCUCAGAUGAUCUCGAGGAACAAUCACUGGACACAAAUAGAGACAUGCUUGCCACAGAAGAUAAUAGAGGCAUAACUCAAAGGGAGAAAAGAAGCCCUGGCAAGCAACCAGAAACAGAAUCAACAGGAAAGGAGAAAAGGAAAGAGAAGAAGAAAGGCAAGAAACGACCAAUACCAGGCCCACCUGGUCCUCCCGGACCUCCAGGCCCCCAGGGGCCACCGGGAAUCCCUGGAAUCCCAGGGAUUCCUGGCAGCAAUGCUGUGGGUCCUGUUGGACCUCCUGGGCCCCCAGGGGCACAAGGGCCUCCCGGCGCUCAAGGCCCAGCAGGAGUUCCUGACAGGACGAAAACAAAAGAAUUCCAGCCUGCAGUGGUUCAUUUGCAAGGGCAGGAAACAACAAUCCAAGUGAGAGAAGAUCUUUCUGAAGGUAUCCUCAGGAACUGGAAGAUGGUGUCUAUACAUCACCGUGUGUUUAAAAUGCACUCUCGCUCUGGAGAGCUGGAGGUGCUGUUGGACGGUGUCUACUUCAUAUAUAGUCAGGUAGAAGUGUACUACCUAAACUUCACAGACAUUGCCAGCUAUGAGGUAAUGGUGGACUCCACCCCAUUUCUCCGCUGCACCUGCAGCAUUGAGACAGGCCAGCGCAAGUUCAACACCUGUUACACAGCUGGGGUGAGUCUGCUGCGUGCAGGCCAGAGAAUAUCUAUACGCAUAGUGUAUGAGGAUACGCUCAUUAGUAUGACCAACCAUACCACUUUCCUGGGAAGUGUCAGACUUGGAGAGGUUCCAUCUGCUGGACAGAACUAAUAACUACACAAGUCAGCCCUUGUGAUUUAAAGAUUUCUGGAGAUCCUGCAUGAUGACAAGCGUGAUAAAGAAUCGAACUAUCAACACCGCGCAGUAAAAAGCACAUGAACUGUUCUGCUUGUGCUUUCAGAGAUUCAGUGUCUUGAUGAGCUGAAUGUCUGUUUGCUCAUCAAAAUCAUGUCAUUAUUUAUAGUCACCACCUUCUCUUCUCUUUCUUUGUAACAAAAAACAGUACUGCUAAAGCAGGUAUUUUAACUUUUUUCUCCAUCUGCCACAAAUUGAUUCCAAACAGUGAUACUUCGUUUAUUUAACUACAUUUAAUUUUACAACAGUAAUACAUACCUGUGGUUUACAGUAAGAUUCAAUACGGUUUGCCACACGGAGAAGAAAACUGAGCAAUGAGUUUGUAACUUUUCCAGUCUUCCUCUCCUUCAGAGGCAACAAAAAUGUUUUUUAAAAUCAUGAAUAAUGAAAUAUCAUUAAUGAAAUAAAAGAGGGAACAUUAAAAACAUAACGCACAUUAAAAAAAUAACGAUUGUAAAUAUGAAUAAUUAAAUAUCAUUAUUGAAAUAAAAGAGGGAAUCAACAUUAUUCGCGCAUUAAAAAAAUUAAGAUUGUGUAUUUGAGUUUGGCAUGAGCAAAGAAGACCUCCAAGAGGAAAGGAAAAAAUGAGAAACUCCAGUCAAGAGGGAUUCCCAGAGCAACAGCACUAUAUAUUUUGCACACAUUUUGCACUACAAUAUCCCUGCAGAAAAUCCAUGGUAUUUUUUUUUACUUGCAGUGCUAUUGUUGACUUACAGUCUUACCGAGUGAAUGCAUACAUGUUGAAAAAAAAUUGUUUAUAUGUCUAUGUACAUAUUGUAUAUAAAAAUGGGAUAUACUUUUGUAA